AUGCAGGCUGUCCACCCCCAGACGACGCGCGCGUCCGACGAGAAGACGUCGGACAUCGACGUGCCCGCCGGCUACCAGCCGCGCGACGGCGACGUCGAGGGCCACAAGGUCGGCCACCUCGUCACGCGCGACCACAUCAACGACGGCUACGACCCGGCCUUCCUCAAGAAGACGAUGCGCCGCAUCGACUUCCGCCUCGUGCCGAUCCUCGCCGCGCUCUACGCCGUGUCGCUCAUCGACCGCACCAACAUCUCCCUCGCGCGCGCCGCCGGCAUGGGCGCGUCGCUCGGCCUCAACCGCCCCGGCUCGCAGGAGUACUCGUACGCCGUGCUCGCCUUCUUCCCGACGUACAUAGUCUUUGAGCUACCUUCCAACAUUGGCAUGCGCAAGUUCGGUGCGCCCAUCUGGCUCGGCGGCGCCACCUUCCUCUGGGGCAUUGUCAUGACGAUGAUGGGCCUGUCGCGCAACGCGGACCACCUCAUCGCCAUGCGCGCCAUCCUCGGCAUCUUCGAGGCCGCCCUCUUCCCCGGCGCCGUCUACCUGCUCAGCUCCUGGUACCUCCGCCACGAGGUGCAGAAGCGCGUCUCGAUCUUCUACUCCUUCAGUGUGUUCGCCUCCGGUCUCUCUGCCAUCAUUGCCUACGGCCUCGCCCAGAUCAAGAUGUACCCCGUCGAGCGCCGCCUCGUCGGCACGCGCGGCUACCUCGGCGAGGGCUGGCGCUCCAUCUUCUUCCUCGAGGGCAUCGCCACCGUCAUCCUCGGCGUCGUCGGCUUCUUCACGCUCGUCUCCUUCCCCGAGCAGGCCAAGUUCCUCACGCCCGAGCAGAAGGCCAUGGUCGCCGCGCGCAUCGACAUGGACCGCGCCGACGCGACGCCCGACAAGCUCACGCUCAAGAAGACGGGCAAGUACGCCAUGGACCCCGUCCUGGCCUCGUUCGCGGUCCAGUUCUUCUCCGCCACGCUCGGCAGCUACUCGCUCUCGUACUUCCUGCCUCAGAUUCUCGCGGGCAUGGGCUUCAGCGGUGCUCUUAGCCAGAUCCUCGUUUUUCCACCUUAUGCGUUUGCUUUGCCAAUCAUCAUCGCGUGCGGUUACUUCAGCGACCGGACGCGCACGCGCACGCCGUUCAUCGCCUUCGCCUUCCUCCUCCUCAUCAUCGGCACGGUGCUCUACACCUACGUGCGUUCCGUCGGUGCCCGCUACUUUGGUGUCAUGCUCGCCGUCGCCGGCUGCAACACGGCCGUGCCGCUCGUCGCCGGCUUCUCGCAAAUCUCGAUCCGCAAGGCAUCGAAGCGAAGUUUCACCUCCGCAUUGGUGGUUGCUGCAGGCGGCCUCGGCGGCAUCGCAUCGGGUCUCGCCUUCACGCAGAAGCAGGCACCUCACUACUCGACCGGCGUACACCUUACUCUUGCGAUGGCUUCGAUCUCCAUCGCGAUCACGCUCAUCCAGACGCUCUACUUCCGCUUCCAGAACCGCAAGGCGGACCGCGGAGAGCUCGUCAUCGAAGAUCACGCGGACUUCCGUCGCCAACUCUGAGCCUGUGAUACCCAGAGCACGCUCUGCGUCUCUCUCCAGCACGCCCUGCGUCUUCCGAGCCCGUUGUCUUCAUCCCUUUGCUACCACCACCCCACUUUCCCGGUCCGCGACUGUCCGACCUCUGUGCGCCGAGCAGUCCCUCUUGCG